GCUGCUUACAAGGGGAUCAAGGCAGCUGCCCUGCUGUGCCCGCACUCCAGCUCCCGUGACCUGCUGCCCCAUCUGCGAACCAGCUCCCACUCUCCCAGCAGGAGGAGGCACAGGCAGAAGACAGGAGACAGUGGAUUAGCCUUAACCCCCCUGCCAGCCAGACACAGCUUCCGGCAGGAAAAGCAGCACCUGGGGUGACCACAGACCCUUCUGAGGCACCUAUGCACCACCAUCCUCCUCCAGGAGGUGGAGGCAAGAAAACAAGACUCACCUCUGCCAUUUUCUCCUGGAAGGAGCAGCCAGAAGUCCCCUGUGCCGCUCACUGAGACAGCUUCUGGCAGCCAGUGGGUCUGGGACGAAUUCAUUCUCUGGGUAAUUUCAUGAGUGUAACAGUGCAAAGGAACAGGCAGACAGGCAAGAUUCCCACCAGCUACUCUUAAGCGAAGGGACCAUAACUUGAGCCGUGCCUCCGGGCCCCAGAGACCACCAGGGGCAGAAGCAAGAGUGAUGGGGAAGCCAGGGAUGUGACAGACCACCCUGGUUUGGAGGCUCAGUGAAGGACAAUCUCUCGGACUUUUAAAGGUGUAGGUGUGUGGACACAACAGGGUGCAAUAUGAGCCUUGGAAAGCUGCCCGUGAUCAGCUGGGUGUCAGGCUCCCAUGGCAAGCGGCGGAUGAAGGCAGAGCUGACCCCAGAUAUGAUCAGCCCUCCACUGGGGGACUUCCGGCACACCAUGCACGUGGGACGUGGUGGAGACGUCUUCGGGGACACCUCCUUCCUCAGCAACCACGGUGGUGCUGAGACAGCCAAAGCCAACAACUUCUUCAUCCGAACGCUGAGGCACGUCCGCCGGACACCACUGAGGAGCCGGGGCAGCGUGAGCCAAGCAGAGAUGUCACCUCCACCGCCACUUGUCUCACCCAUCAUCAAGAAUGCCGUGUCACUGCCGCAGCUCAAUGAAGGGAUGUACGAUGGGGACAGCAAUGGAGGGGGUAGCUUGACCAGCAAGUUCUCCUUCAAAAGUGCUUCCAACAGCUUCUCCAAAACACACCAGGCCUACGGGCUGGAGUCUGGAUUUUGCACCAUCCCUCGUGUCCCUCGCUUGGAAAAGGCCCAAGAGAGCACCUUUCCUGGGGAAACAGAGCUCACACACUCRGACUCCCUGCUUUCCUUCCGCCUGGAUCUGGGGCCCUCCCUCAUGAGCGAGCUCCUCCAGGUGAUGAGCUUCUCUGAAAUCAAUGGAAAUGAGGCAGGGGAUGAUGGCCAAGACCUGCCUGCUGAGCAUGUUCUCAUGCAUGCUGAGGUUACUGACGACAAAGACCCUCCUGGAUCAAGCAAUCCCUGUGGAGAGGGAAAGGCAGUAUCCAGCUUCUGGGACCACUCUGGGCAAACUAACCUGUCCAAGACCAGCUCAUUGCUAGGACUCACUGCCCAUGCCAAUGGAGAGGCACAUGCUCUUGAGCACAUAGGAGAGGACCCUGACAAAGUCAAGGGCCCUGGCUGGGCUUCAGGGCUGGCAGAGGGGUCAGAAGCAGUGUCCAAAGGGCGCCCGUGGCAGGGACAUUGGAAUGACUGUACCAUAGAGGCGGGAGAGUUUGACCGGGCAGCCCAAGUCCUAGCUCGCCAUUAUGGUGGGACGAGCACCCCGCGUAGCUCAGAGGAAAAGGACAGGGGUACCCAACAGGCCCGAACCCAGGCCUUGUGGGAGAGCCCCAGCAGCAGCUCAUGGCGGUCACAAGUGACAACAGAGAGCCGGUCCUUGGACGGCCCGUGGAACCAAGAAGAGGAAGAGGAGGAGGAAGAGAAUGAGCUCUCAAGCCUGCAAGAAGGGGACACUGGCACCCAGGAUGGCCGCAGCAAUUCCUUCGAGUAUGCUGAUGAGGAGGAAGAUGACGACGAAGUCAAGGUGUGAACAACCAUCCUGCCAUCCCUUCUGAAGACAGCAGUGCCAUGGUCUUCGCUCUUCUCCCCAUCCCCUUCCCUCAAAAGCCAGCUCUGUAAGGGAGCUGGCGACAGACUCAAUGAGCGAACUCCUGGCUGAGUCAUGCUCCUCUGGAGAUGUGCCAAACUGAGGGCAGUGGGGUGCAGGACGGGACAUGAGGUGGAAGAGGGUAGUCCAUCUCUCAGAGGGCUCCUCAGGGCUGGGUUAGGGUGAAAGCCCCCUCACCUCUGCUCUGCAUCCUGUGAUGCACUGGCUGUUGUGGCAGAGACAGAUGCUUGCAGUCCUUCCCCAUCCUGGCCUCGCUGUCGUUAGAUGCCAAAGGAAUGUUCCAAUAAGCCAAAGAAACCCUGAAUCCUUUCCCACCCCAUCCUACGUCCUCUAGGCAAACAAACACUUCGCUGGGAAAAGGGAGAGGUGAUAAACAGAGAGCAGACAGAAAGAGAGACUGCAGACACAGGGCUCAUUCCCCCUACGUAAAGCCCAGCCCUGGAGAGGCAGUGAGUCAGGAGUGGGCUCUGAGACAGUCAUGCUGGGACAAAGCACCACAGGGAGCUGCCUCAGCUCUGAAGGAGUCAGUAACCCACGUGCAACGCUCCCAGGCUGGCAGCACUAGCCGGCUGGAGCAGGCUCUGGAAUCCGGCUCACAUUCCUGCCUCUCACCCCCACUCGGGCAACCAGCAACACCAACUCUUGGGUUGCCUGGAGGGCAGCAGGGCCUUCUGCCUCACAGAGACCCCUCUCCUCAACCUGCCCCAGCACCCUCCUUUCUCUUCUGGCCACGGUGCCACACACAGAGAAACUGGGGGCCUCUCCCACCCCUCAGCCCUGCCCAGCUUACACAUGUAGGAUUUGCUCCAUCAGAGCCCCUCUGCACUGGCAAGGUUGCCUUCAUGGAGAUAUUCCCACUGACAGGUUUUGCACCUGGUCUGCCCAACUCUAGUGGAAGACCCUCUCAUAGAGCACAUAUAUCUAACUACUGUGUGCCCUGAGGAGGUCAGCUGGAGGCUCAGGGGCCAGGCCAACAGACAGAACUGUGCCUUCGCCCUUCCCUUCCAAAAAAACGGGAGCUCAGUGUUGCCUCCGGAAGGCAAGAUUGUUGCCUUCCUGACAAAGACAAUUGCAGGGGGCUUUCCAUUUGCCCCCUGCUGCUGAGCCUGAGCAUCACUUAGGAAGUCUUGUUUUCUUCCCCCUGCCCUCCUGCAGCAGGAAGAGGGAAAGAUGUCUUGCCUUGUUGAUACAUGGGUGAGAUUAUCAGGUCAUUAAAUUCUGUAGCCUAAACUGACUAAGAAACAUGAUGUUAGGGCCCCCCCACCACUGGAUUACCUCUAUAUCCCCAAAACCUCGCCUGAGAGAUACCUUUCUCCAGGUAUAUUCUUACUCUUCCUUUCACCCCAUCUCAGAACAAGAAGACUUACUCCGCUUGGCUAAUUGAGAUCUGGGCUGUCUCUUUUUCCCUCCCCUCUCCUCAUUCCUACUCACACAUCCYUCUUUCCAGAGUGCCUCCCUCAAGGGAGAUUUGUGGAUGGUUAAGGCCUCUAGCCGAGUAUCUCUGGGCAACGUGGCCUUCCUGGAACAAGCUGCCCCCCACGCUGUCCCGCGUGCAAAGUGACACUCAUAGAAGUGCCUUUGUGCCACGGCGUGGAGCUGAAAUGCUCAGGGACUGAGGUCACCACAGGGACUCUCACAGGACUGUCCUUGUUCUCCGGGACAGAAAUAUGUGUGUGGCAGGGGGARAUGCCAGACUAUGGCCAAAGGGCUCUGUUCCCACACAGCUCACCCGCAGCCUGGUCCUUCUGCAGGCYGCUUCUGUCA